AACGCGACCAGUUGAAUUUUGACCAGUUUUGACCAGUUUUGACCAGGCUGUCGUCCAGCCCUUUGUCCUUCGUUUUACAUAGUACACCUAGACAAUCGUCGCGGUAACUAUUUCUUACCACUUCCCUAACACUUCGACAUGUUCCCUAUACUUCCCUAAUAUCGAUAUAUCGAUGCUAAGGUGAUCGACGAUGCUUUCGUCCGCGCCCCUUUACCUAGGCGCAUCGCUGCUCGCCCAACUUGCGACAGCGAACAACAACCUCAAAGAAGGCAUCUUGCCCUCCUACCAUUUUGGCGCUCCCAUCGGUGUCGAGUGCAUGAACAGAAGCGUAGAGACCGGCGAACACAUCCAAGACGCCAAGAACGAGAUCCAAUGGAUUCCCUUCCCAAUCUGUAACGAAACCGGGAAGCCCCUCGAAUUCAAUUAUGGCGUCGAAGGCGAGAUGAACUGCACGAUACCCAUGAUAGACGAUCCUUUCUUUCACCUGCUAGAGUUCUACAUCCACAGCGACGCGCCUCUCGCCUGUCGCCUACCCGCCCGACCGCCUGCCCACGUUGAGAUGGUGGGCGAGAAGCCCAACGAGCAAGAAUACAUACCGCUGGUGUUUGCCCUGGCUGGCACGUUGCAGCUAAGCCACCUACACAUCAGCACCCACCUCAACAUCCUACUACAUAGCACGCCAAAACAUCACAUCCACCCCCACGAUAGCGGCGUCCUAGAUAGCGGCGCCGCCUACAGCACAAGCCCGCUCAGCCACAUGGACGGCAGCUUCACCAAACGGUUAGUCAUCGGCGACCCUCUACCGCUGAGCUUCAGCGUGAGGUGGUUCCCGACUCCGGCUCUGCCCAAGACCGAGGGGAAGGUCGAGUGGCAGGGGAUGGGAGGCCACAUCUACGCUAGCACCGUAUUUUACGCCCUCGUAUCCUUCGUCGCCGGCGUCCUAGUAUCGGGCGUCUACUUCUUCGGCAUCAUCUUACCUAAGAGGUUAAAAGGUCGAGGCCUCGGCGGCGCCACGCCGUUGGGAUACGGCAUGAACGGCGUAGGAAACGGGUGGGGCUAUUCCAAGAGGCUUGAUUGAGCGUUUGGAAUAUCGGAGUAGGAGUAGCUCGAACGGGUCCUUGUACAUAUCAUGAAGAUGGGGAGGAAUCGCGUGUUUGUUCGGCCCUGGGAUUAUCGGCUGUGCCAAGGGGACGGGUUACGUUAAUGAUACCAAAUGGUGAAGAAUGGGUGGCUUCCUAGGGUAGAGCUAUUUAUUCGGGUGAAACGACAUCGAGACCAUAACUCCUAAUAACAAUAACAAUGACAAUAACAAUCCAAAAUUA